AUACAAGAGGGACACGUUUGCAGUUGGAUCUCAAGCCCAAAGAGACUGACCAAUAGGAGAGCUGAGCGCGUUACACGCGUAGUAUGUGCAAACAGUGUCUGGAUAAAAGCCCUGCAAUAUUUACAGCACGUCUGUUACUGUCACACGCCUUUCCUAAAUGAACGGAUAUUUUGGAAACAGAAAUGUAUUCAAGCCAUGCGAUUUUCAGUCUUGGAACGCAAAGUGUUUUUGUUGUUUUUCUGCUUCACUUACCUUUAACGGGGGCAACGGAAUUACCCAGCUGCAAAGAGUCCGAUUAUCAUUUUGAGUACACAGACUGUGAUGUUUUGGGCUCUCGAUGGAGAGUAGCAAUACCCAACAAGCCUGAGACCUGCACUGGCCUUCCUGAUCCAGUCAAAGGCACCCAUUGCACGUUUAGUUGUAAUGAAGGUGAAUUUCUGGACAUGAGGACUCAAGAGUGUCAGAAAUGCGUUGCAGGGACCUAUUCUCUUGGGACGGGUGUUGCUUUCGACGAGUGGGACACUUUGCCCUCUGGCUUUGUCAGCCAUGGCAUCAGUAUGAACUUAGGAGACACUCACACAAAUUGCUCAAACUCAACAUGGAUCCCAAAAGGUGAUUAUAUUGCGUCUAACACAGAUGAGUGCACUUCAACUCUUUCAUAUGCUGUGAGUCUAAAGAAGCCUGGAUCUGUGUCCUUCCAAUACUUCUAUCCAGACAACCACAUGUUUUUUGAGUUUUAUGUUCAGAAUGACCAGUGUCAGUCUACAGACUCUCAGCGUCGCUGGAUGAAGAUAUCAGAAAGUGAUUGGGAUUACCAUUAUGUGCAGCUGAGUAGUGGUAACAAUGUCUUGUACUGGAGAACAACAGGUUUCUCUCUGGCUGCCAACACUGCCAAACCGGUUCUACUGAAGAACAUUGCCAUCUCAGGUGUCUCGUAUACAUCUGAGUGUUUUCACUGUAAGCCUGGUACCUUUAGUGAUAAACCAGGGGCUGCCCGCUGUGUGCCAUGCCCUGCUAAUUCGUACUCUAAUAAGGGAGCCACUGCGUGCCAAUCCUGUGAGGCAGACAAAUAUUCAGGAACUGGAUCUGGAACCUGUCUACAGCGACCGCCUUGCACAACAACUGAUUACUUCUAUACUCACACACCAUGUGACUCCAGUGGUCAGACACAACUGAUGUAUAAGUGGAUCGAGCCUAAGAUCUGUAGUGAGAGUGUGGAGGGGGCAGUGCAGCUUCCGGCUUCAGGGGAGAUGAUGGCCUGCCCUCCAUGCAAUCCAGGAUUCUUUCCCAACAUCACCUCCACCUGUGAACCCUGCCCACAUGGCUUCUGUUCAAAUGGGACAGAAUGCUCAGAGUGUCCUGCUGGAACGGAACCAGUCGUGGGUUUUGAAUAUAAAUGGUGGAACAAAAUGCCCAGCAAUAUGAAGAGUUCAGUCUUCAGCUCAGAAUACAGAAGCAUGGAGAGGAGCACAGGCUGGGAGGUUGCAGGCGAGUACAUCUACACCACACCAAGCAAUCAGGACUCUGACUACAUGAUGCUGACACUCACAGUACCUGGAUACAGCCCGCCUCAUUCCCUCAGUGAAGACAAUGAGAGAGUUCAGCUUUCCAGAAUAACAUUUGUUUUUGAAACAAAGUGUACAGCUGAUUGUAAACUCUAUUUCAUGGCAGGGCAAAGGGAAUGGAGUAAUAUUGUGGAGAGCUGGUCUGGCACUAUAGGGAAGCAGUCCUACUCUUAUAUUAUUAAAAGCAAUAACACUGUUACCUUCACCUGGGGUUUUCAACGCACUGGGAUCUUCAGUAUGAAAAAUGAAUACAGCUCUGACUAUGCUAAGAUCUACUCUGUUCACAUCACUAAUGUGAUUGGGGGUGUGGCGUCAGAAUGUCGUCAGUGUGCUCUGGCUGCCGUUGACUCUGAGUCUGCAUGCGUCCCCUGCCCUCCAGGACACUACAUGCUGAACGGCACAGGAGUGUGUAAAAGCUGUCCCUCAAAUACCAUCAUCAGGCCCGAGCAGCCAAUCGGAAAGCAAGCCUGCAUACCUUGCGGACCCAAUACUUACAGUAAUGAAGGCCGUUCUGCGUGCAUGAGUGACUGUACAUUAGCACUGCAUUAUAAAGGAGAAAUGCUGAAUUAUGAUUUCUCUCUGCUGGCAAAUGUCACUGGCUUCCAGAGCAGCCCACGCUUCACCAGUAAAGGGCUGCAGUAUUUCAACCAUUUCAAUGUGGCGCUGUGUGGUACAGAAAAGAGAGCUCUUGCAUCCUGUGUGGAAAAUGUAACUGAAAGCAAGAGGGAUGUAAAAGGCUACAUCUGUCAGUCUACCGUAGUACCUUCUGAGGUCAGGGGUCAGAGUGUUGUGUCCUCUCAGCCCUUCAGUAUUGGAGAAACUUUAAUCGGAGUGACAACUGACUUCAAAUUUGAUGACAUCUUGUCAUUGGAUGGCAACUUUCCUGAUGAAUCAGAGCUGCCUGAUGUCAUAUUCUAUUACAGAUCUAGAGAAAGGACACAAGCAUGUAAUAAUGGAAGAUCAGCCUCCAUUAGGCUCCGAUGUGCUCCCACUGUAGCACUGAAGAACCAUGUUUCCUUACCAAGCAACUGUUCAGAGGGCACCUGUGAUGGCUGCUCCUUCCAUUUCCUGUGGCGGUCCCAGUAUGCCUGUCCUCUCUGCUCUGAGAGGAACUAUAAGGAGAUUGUGAGCGCUUGUAUCCAAGGAAUUCAGAGGACUACCUAUGUGUGGCAACAACCUCUGAGGUGCACAGGUGGGGUGUCACUGCCUCCUCAGAAGGUCAGUGCCUGUGUGACGCUGGACUUCUGGCUGAAGUUUGGUGUCUCCAUCGGAACUGUGGCUGCUAUAUUGCUCAUUACCAUCAGCUGCUACUUCUGGAAAAGGACUCGCAAGCUGCAGUAUAAGUACUCAAAGCUAAUGAUGACUGCAGGAGAUAAGGAGUGUGAACUUCCAGCUGCAGAUAGCUGUGCCAUCAUGGAGGGAGAAGAUGCAGAGGAUGACCUCAUCUACCUCUCCAAGAAAUCUUUCUUCACUAAGAUCAAGUCAUUUUCCAGAGAGAGGACGUCAGAUGGCUUUGAUUCUGUUCCUCUAAAAUCAUCAGCUGCACAGGAGAUGGAGAUGACCUAGAACUUCUGAGACACAGGGAGAGCCAGCAAGAAAUGUUCGGCCUGUCACAAGCCAUCUUUGAUGCUAGAUCUGACCAUAUAAAAUCAAUACUUUUAUUCCCAAAAGAGACACUGAGCAAAGGAAAAAAAAAUAUUGAUUAACAUGUCUGCCUUAUUCAAGUCACCUCAUAAACAUGUGAUGUGAUUUCAAAACUGGCUAAAGAAGAAUUUAAAAAGCUUUUUUUUUUUUUUUUUUUUUAUAAAUGAUGUUAGUUUUUUUAAGACCUAUAUCACUGUAUAGGCUUAUAACAUUUUAUACCAAACCUGUAUGCUUGUGAAAGAUAAAGAUAAUUCUAAAAAAUGUACAUUGCAUUUGUUUGACGUCAUCGUGUGUGAUAUAUCAAAUAUGUUCUCUUUCUUCUCUUAACUUGGGUCAGUGAGAGUUGAGAGCUAAACCUGCCUUACAAGUGGUUACACUAUGUUGUAGACCAUUUUCUUUUUCUUUUCUUUUUUUUUCAAAUGUUUUGGCAUACUAGCAUUUAUGUUUUGUAGACCUUUUUUGUUAUCUUAUUUGAAUUUUGUAAGAUUUUCUUAAUAUAGCCUACUUGAUAAAGCUAAUGUGUUUAUUCUUAUUAAAUCUUGAUAUUAACU